AUGCACAUGGCAGAUCGCGAUACCCACGGCAUCCGCAACGUCCUCCUUGGCGAUCUCUUCCGCCAAACCCAACCGCAUCGAGACCGCCCGUUUCAUCUGCGCCUUGUCCGCCCGCCCGCUACCGGCAACGAUACUCUUGACCCGCGUGGGCUGAUAGUGGUGCACCGGAAUGUUGGCACGUCCGGCCGCCAGAAUCGCGACACCGCGGGCGUGACCCAUGAUUAUCGCAGUCUUCAAAUUCCGAUAACGUGCAUGAAGAUCCUCGAUGGCGACUUCGUCGGGCUCAAACUCUUCGAUGAUCUCGACCAAUGUCUCGUUGAUCGCCUCAGGCGGAUCUCUAGUGCCUCGCUCGACUUAGUUCGAAUCAACCCACCCUCAAUCAAAGCGACGUUCCCACGUGCAUCUGCCGACACGACCGCGUAA